AUGGGUGGGGUAGGACGGCGGAGUCAGGCCGGUCAUUUUGGGACCGGUCCCGACCCGAGUGGUGGCCGGAUGAAUGAACGGCCGGCCAAAACGUGGCCGGCUGCGGUGGCGUCGCGAACCAGAGGAGAGAGAGAGGGACGCGCGGGAGAGAGAGAGUGUGUGAGAGACGGGGGCAAUUCCGUCUUUUAA